AUGCUGCCUGAUGAACAAGACCGCCAAUCGGUCAUCUCAUCGGCACGGCGCUCUAACUUGCAAGACUCAACUCCUGGACGCAGAUCACACCCCAUUCAUCCGUUGCUCUCAGACACUUCUUUUGGGAUAAAUCUUAAUUUUGAAACAGAAGGAGAUCCACUCGAUACUUCGUUUAGUGUAGAAGAACCAGGACAUUCCGCGAAUUUGAACAACUCGUCUAAUCAAUUACGUGGAGCGAAGACCACCUCCAAACGCACUACGACGGAACACGGAGCAGCUUCAAACCAUCGCGUCUUAGCAGCAGCGGCGGUUUCAAAUGAUCCUUCGUCAAGUGUUAAAGAACAAAGGCAGUCAACUGAUGUGAAACCUAGGUAUCAUCAAACGCGUAAAGAGGAGACCGCGACCAAACACGCAUCAAAGGAUACUGAUAACAAAAUCAGGGUCUCUGGUCAAACACCGACUGAAAUAAUCUCUCAUGCUGCCGAUCCAAGUCUUUGCAACGGACUUCAGUCGCUAGGAGGGCAUCAUAAUUAUGCGCCCAGAUCUGCCCAAAAACGAACGUCUAUAAAUAGUUCUUUAAAACUUGCUAACGGUAAUGAGAGCCAGUCGUUCCUUUCAUUGCCAAGCGACACAGGAACAUGCCGGAAGAAUCCAGUAAACAAGAGUUUGUUGAAAGAGAAAAGAAGACUCGAGGCUGAAAACCAAUCUUUGAAGGAGGAAAUAACGUGCAAGCAAUGCCAUGAACACGAAAUUGAAAUGGUGUUUCUACCGUGUGGGCAUGUGCUAACUUGUGAAUCAUGUGGUACGAAAGCGCGCACAUGUUUUUCCUGCAAAGGAGUUAUCAAGGGUAUUGCGAAAUUUUAUUCAGCGUAGACCCCGGUAUAAUAUGUAAAGUGUAUUAACAUAUAAAAAGAAAAGUCGUAUUUUAAGACAAAUAAGGUAAACUGAGAAACAAUAUAACAAAUUAAAUCAGUGGUCAUGAUGUAUUUUUGUCAUUACCCUUACAAAAGACGUCCUUCUUAGCAUAACAUUGCAACAACUGGACAUAAUAAAUAGUUUGUACACAUUAUAUCAUUGUACAAAACUUUUUAUAUGAACAUGGGAAUGAAGAUUAUGCGGAAGUUAUUUAAUAUAAAUUGUGUCCGGUAGAUAGUUUUAGAAGCUUUUCUU